AUGAGCUCUUCAUCGCAGGCUCCCGAGAGCUGGAUCUCGGCCUUCUGCUCCCUUGUGGGCCACGAAUACUUCGCCGAAGUCUCCGAAGAUUUCAUCGAAGACGACUUCAAUCUUACGGGCCUGCAAAGCCAGGUCCCUAUGUACAAGGAAGCCCUGGAGAUGAUAUUGGAUGUGGAACCGGAGGAUGCGAGCGAAGAAGAGGAGGAGGAAGAAGAAGAUGAGGAUGAAGACGAAGACGAGAUGCAGGACGCGGAGGGCGUGGGAAGGGGAUAUCGAAGAGCAGCAGAUGCCGCUGCCGCUGCCGCUGAGAGGAGGCACCUCCGCAUGGCUAGCGAUCUAAGCGUUAUCGAGAGCUCGGCGGAGAUGCUGUACGGUCUGAUACAUCAGCGAUUCAUCACCAGCCGACCGGGCAUUCAGCAGAUGGCGGAGAAGUACGAGCUUGGUCAUUUUGGGCACUGCCCGCGGGUCUACUGCCACGGUGCGAAAGUAUUACCUGUUGGAUGCUCAGAUAUCCCCGGACAAGAAACGGUGAAGCUUUUCUGCCCGAGCUGCCUGGAUGUCUACAGUCCGCCGAACAGUCGCUUUCAAACUGUGGACGGUGCAUUCUUUGGGACGACCUUCGGGUGCUUAUUCUUCAUGACUUUUCCCGACUUGGACGUUGGUGGACAGAGACCCCUCCCACCGGCGGCCACUGAGCCUUCAGCAUCCUCACCGCUGUCAGGUAGCACAGCCGUCACGCAGAGUCACCUCGACAAGACCUCUCGCGGGUCCCUAUCUUCAUCACUGACUUCACAGCAGCCCGGAAUACCGACGGCUCUGGUAGACAACGCUGCUGGUACACCCCAACAGCCCGAGAUAAUCAAUGGUGUGACACCGAAAAAUCUUGCACCCGGUCUGGGCCCGGGGAACAUAUAUGAGCCACGAAUAUAUGGUUUCCGGGUGAGUGAGAUUGCCAGAACUGGGCCGCGCCUGAAAUGGUUGCGAAGCAGGCCAUUGGAUAUCACGGAAUUGGACGAAUGUCGCAUAUGGGCAGAGAACCAGGAAGCAAUGAUGAACGAUGCGGCGGCAGUAGAAGCAGAAAUGGCAGAUUCGGAAAUGGUUGAUGAUAAUGAGGAAAUCGACGAUGGAGAGGUCGAAGAUCAGGACAUGGACGUGUCCUCGGCAGUCCGGAGUAAUGGUGUCGAAGAAGUCACGCAGAGGAGAAAACCGGCCGGGACCGGGAGUGGAAGAGCGAAGAGACAUCACAAGGCUGAACCGGGAGCGAUGGUGAAUGGAGAUGCCGCGAGAAGCGUGGUCCGGGUCGGUGAUGGAGGAUGA